GCCAGAUCCAGUCGAGUCGAUGUUCCACUCCCUCCUGCAUCACCGUACUAUUCCUCUCUUGAACCGUGUUGCGAUAGUAUCCCAGAUGGCAAUAUAUUGUCACUAUCCCCACAACUGCGAUUAGACUCGGCGCAGACGCGGGCCCUGACAGCGCUGUCGGACCUCGCCCAAGGUACAGGUCGUCACAGGACCAUCAAGGCCCGUCGCGCGAGCGCAUGUGUAUCUCCUUGCAUAUGCAGCCUCUAUCUCGUUAUCUACAUUACUGCUCCCACUAGGCCCCAGAUGUCCACGCUCUGAUAAGUCGCCGGCUAGUCCCUGAGAACUCUGGUGCUUCAAAUAUCGGCGCUCUGUACGCCGCAAGAUGGAGCCAGGUUGUCCUCUCCGCACUCGUGUCCUUCCCUAAGGCGAUCUCUGCGCGGAAUGUCACAGCCCUUGCGAGCGAAGGCGGUCACUGCUGUCCAGGACGCGGACGUAGUGGAGGUGAACAACCUCAGCAAGGUCCCGGAUGCGGAUGCGGAGGUCGAGGUAGCAGCGGUCACUCCGGCGAAGAGGGAAGAACCUGUGGUUACUCGUAGGGAACUGUGGAGUUACUACUUGUACUACAAUGGAGACAACGGAGUUGGACCCAACGGUUACUCCAUGACACUGUUUCAGAACCUGGCGACUUCCGCUGGUUGGGACCCCUCCCAAGGACCCGGGUCCACUUGCACGACUUCCGAACAAUGUGUACUCCCUUGGGGAGGCGGGACGAAGUCUGUCAGCUCCAUCGUGCUCAUCGCGAAUGGUCUCAGCUUCGCGAUCAUGACCCUCAUAUUCACCACAAUCGGCUCAGCUGCAGACUAUGGCACGUUCGGACGCUGGCUGCUACUAGUCAUUACGGUCAUCUGCUGGGCUGCCCAGUUCGCGAGCAUGGCCCUGACAACGCCCUCACGCUGGGGCGCGGCCAUGGCCAUCUACAUUAUCUCCUUCGUCUCCUACGGCGCCACCCUCGUCUUCUACGCCGCAGCCUUCCCGCGCCUUGCGCGCAACACUCCACAUGCACGCCAUCUGCGCGAGAAGCUCGAGAACAAGGAGAUCUCCCCGGAAGAGUACGAGCUUGAGGAGAGUCUGGAGAAGAACCGAGUCAGCAACAUCAGCACGUGGCACAGCAAUAUUGGGUAUAUCUUUGUGCUGUGUCUGAACCUGUCGAUUUUGCUGCCGCUCGUGAAUAACCCGUUGGUCGACAACUACACGAUGGUCCUGACGAACAUGUACUGGAUCAUCCUCGGCAUAUGGUGGUUUAUCUUCCAACAGCCCCGACCAGGCCCGCCGUUGCCAAAGGGCGAGCACUACGUGACCGUUGGCUGGAAACAGAUCUGGAUCGCUCUGAGGCAAUGGAAGAAAUUGCCGUACACCUUCGUGUACCUCUUCGCGUUCUUCCUACUGUCUGACGGUCUUAACACCACGGGCACGCUCAUCUCCAUCUGCCAGAAUGACCAGUUCCAGUUCUCUUUCCUCAAGAACACGUACCUCGGCCUUGCGCAGGCUUUCACCUCCACAGCUAGCACGAUUGGCUUCUGGUGGAUUCAGAAGUAUUGGAAGAUCCCGACCAAGAGGAUGUUCGUGUUCACGAACGUCGUCACGAUCCUGAUCCCAUUGUGGGGCAUGAUCGGCUUGUGGACAAUGAAGUUCGGUUUCCAUAAUACUUGGGAAUUCUGGGCAUACAACGUCGUCUUCGGCCUAUUCCAAGCCCCGUACUACGCCUUCUCGCAAACCAUGAUGGCGGAGCUCGCGCCGCCCGGCUUUGACAACAUGUUCUUCGGGCUGUUUGGCCUGUCAAACCGUGCGUCGUCGAUGAUCGGGCCGAACGUCAUCCAGGCGAUCAUCAACAACACGCAGAACAACUGGAUGGGCUUCCCCUUCCUCUUCGCGCUGUGUACCGCCGCGAGUCUCGUCAUCUGGUUCGGUGUGGACGUGGAGAAGGGCCGCAGGGAUGCUGUCGUGUGGGCGGAGCAGAACCGCUCAUACGCAGAGACGGGGGUGUAUGUCGAGGACGACGCGUCGCUUGACUCGAAGGAUUACGGGAAGAAGUCAUGACGUUACGUUGUCUUUCUUGGGAUCUAUAUGAUCUGGGAUGGUAAUACUAUAUAGAGAUGCCGUCAGAGCCGAUGCACCAGUCGUGGCAUGAUGUUGGCCAUGCUGACCGUACUGCAGACGCCCCUCAUGUCAUCUGCUGAGGCUUGCGUAUAUGCAUGAAUUGUCGUACGGUUUGCGCACUUACGAUGCUGCUUGAAUGUACUCAGCCCUAGAAUGGCAUUACGUGAUUGAUGCAGGA